CGUACUGAAGCGCUCCAUGCUUUAUUGUUGAUAAAACAUAUAUUGUUAUUUUACUGGAUAAACUCACACCGGGGUCGGAAAAGAUGUCAAGGUUAAUAGUCAAGAAUCUCUCAAAUGGGAUGAAGGGAGAACGUUUCCGUAAGAUGUUUGCUGAGUUUGGGACACUUACAGAUUGUACGUUGAAAUUCACUAAAGAUGGUAGAUUUUGCAAAUUUGGAUUUGUAGGCUUCAAGACAGAGGAGGAUGCGAAGAAAGCUAUGAAACAUUUCAACAAGAGCUUUGUGGACACAUCUAGAGUUACUGAGUCUGACAACAGCCAAUGCUCCACUGCAAUAUAA